UGUAGAAAGAUGAUAAAAAGGCAUGGCCAAAAUUUCGAAGCUCACCUGUUUGUGAAAUUGUCUAUGUAGAAUGAAUCUUGAGGCACAGUAUGUCGUGUACUGAAAGUGGAGUAGUCAUAUUCCAAAAAAACUUCACCGUUUGUUCAGUUGAUUUGGUCUUGAAAAGUUUGGAUCAAGUGACCAAGGUUCGAAAUCCGCAACGGCUCGGGGUUAUAGCUGCGUGUUGGGCUGGACCUUUGCUCCGCAUUAGAAUAAGGUAUACCAUCCUUGAGGUGACUGAGUCACCGUUAAAUUCUCCCAAAAAUCAUGUCGGGUCAGAGUAUGGGACUCCUAGGGUGGGAGAUUCCAUCUUUUGGAUCAAAUCAUAUUCCCAAAAAUAUAGGGUCAUCAAGGACUACCUAUUGAACUUUUUGCAGGUUGGCAAUCCCUACAAGAGUCAAGAUCCUUGUUUUGCUUUCCCUUUCCUUAAUACCCCCUCCAUGACUUCAUUCAAUCGGUCUUCGUCUUGCUCAGGAACCGAUAUUCUUUCCUUGUCCACUAAAGGGAUGAAUUUAGAAAACAUUGUUACGCCAAGAAAGACUAGAUUGUCUCGCGCUUUAGCCAAGGCUUUUCACAUUCGAGCUGACCAAGUGAACAAGAAAAGGAAGUCGCUUGAAAACGAUGGUAUUAUUAAUAGCGGCAACAAUGAUCUGCUUGAGGGUUUGGAAGGAGGGGAUGGAAAGCUAGGAGAGAGAAUCGCAGAAGAAGCAUUUGUGGCCAAACUGUUUGCAUGCAUCUCAGCUGUCAAAGCUGCCUAUGCAGAUUUACAAUCUGCUCAAUCGCCUUAUGAUCCUCAAGGGGUUCAAGCUGCUGACCAGAUGGUUGUGUCUGAAUUUCAAUUACUAUCUCAAUUGAAACAAUCAUACUAUUACUACAACAACUACAAGAUCCAGGCCGAUCGGUCUUUGUCAUUUUCUUCUCAUGAGAAUACAUUGUUCUUGGCUGAAAUUAAGGAGCUAAAGUGCAUUCUUAAGACUUAUAAAACCACAGCCAAGAAGCUAGAUGCUCAGGAUAAGCUGAAGGGUUCCGAAAUCAUGUUCUUGAGGGCGAAAUUAGAGGAAGCCAAUAAAGAGAGCAACAAUUUACUGGAGAAGAGCUUUGAAUUUCCUUCUCCUACCAAACCGACUCCCUCCCAUUUCAUCAAAUGUCUCGGGGAGACGGUUAGCUCAAUCCGAAGUUUCGUUAGGGUUUUGACCUUAGAGAUGAAAUAUGCAGGGUGGGAUUUAGAUGUUGCAGCCUUUUCAAUUCAACCCGAUGUUGUUUCAUUCGUGAAAGCAAGCCACAUAUGCUAUGCAUUUGAGUCUUUUGUCACUAGAGAGAUGUUUGAUGGGUUCAAUCAUCCGAACUUCGACUACUCAUCAAACGAGGCAUCAUGUCUAGCAUCAUCAACAUCUCAAAGGAGGUAUUGCUGCAACAAAUACCUUGAACUGAUUCACCCAGACAUUGAAGAGUCACUUUUUGGCAAUGGGGUGCAACGCAAAAUGGUGAUGUCUGGAGAAUACCCGAACACGGCUUUCUUUACUUGUUUUGUCGAAAUGGCAAAGCGUGUCUGGAUUUUGCAUGACUUGGCAUUUUCUCUCGAACAUGACGUUUCAAUCUUCCAAGUGAGCAAAGGUACUCGAUUUUCUGAUGUUUAUAUGGAGAAUGUAAAUGACAACCCGUUCUUAUCAUGGGAUGGCUUGCCGGAAAGGGAGUCACGGGUAGCCUUUACAGUGCUUCCUGGGUUUAGAAUUGGUAAAACUUUCAUACAAUGUCAAGUGUACCUGGUCUAAGUUCAUUAUCAGUAUAUGUAUAUAAAAUAGUGUAUAUAAAAAAUGAUUUUGUGAUCUAUUUAACCUCCCAUUGAUCAUCAAGGUGUAAAAAUAUCUUAAGAAUAUUGUUAGACAUUUUACUUUAGAAUUUAAUUCAAGUAGAAUACAAUGGGAAUGACCUGAUAAUCUACUUUAU